AUGACAGACUCAAAGACUGACCAGCGUCGCUUCCACAACCUCACACAGGAACAAUUGGAGACGCUGGACCAGGUCCUGACCGAGGUCAUCCCCAUCCAUGGCCGUGGCAACUUCCCCACGCUGGAGGUCAAACCCAAGGACAUCAUCCAUGUGGUGCGCGACAAACUGGUCGCCAAGGAGAUCAAGGUGCGCGACGUGCGCCUCAACGGCUCGACGGCCAGCCACGUGCUGGUGAAAGAGAAUGGCACCAGCUACAAGGACCUGGACAUCAUAUUUGGUGUGGAGCUGCCCAAGCAGGAGGACUUCCAGAUCAUCAAGGAGGUGGUGCUGAGCUGCCUGCUGGACUUCCUGCCUCAGGGCGUCAACAAGGACAAGAUCACAGCCCUGACCAUGAAGGAGGCCUACGUGCAGAAGAUGGUGAAGGUCUUCACCGAGCACGACCGCUGGAGCCUCAUCUCGCUCUCCAACAACAGCGGCAAGAACGUGGAGCUCAAGUUUGUCAACUCGCUGCGUCGCCAGUUCGAGUUCAGCGUCGACUCCUUCCAGAUUAUUCUGGACCGCAUGCUGGAGUCGUACCUGGAGGCGGAGCAGAGGCAGGCGGCCCAGGAGGCCCAGAGGGUGCCCAAAGUCACAGUGGUGGCAGAGAGCAUGUACGGGGACUUUGAGCAAGCCAUGGACCACUUACGCUACCGCCUGAUAGCCACACGAAACCCGGAGGAGAUCCGCGGCGGCGGGCUGCUGAAAUACAGCAACCUGCUGGUCCGCGAGUUCAAGCCGGCCAGCGAGACCGAGAUCAAGACGCUGGAGCGCUACAUGUGCUCACGCUUCUUCAUCGACUUCCCCGAUGUGAACGAGCAGCAGCGCAAGAUCGAGUCCUACCUGCGCAACCACUUCAUCGGAGAGGAAAAGAGCAAGUAUGACUACCUGAUGACGCUUCGCCGGGUGGUCGAUGAGAGCACCGUGUGCCUCAUGGGGCACGAGCGUAGGCAGACCCUCAACAUGAUCACCAUCCUGGCCCUCAAGGUCCUCGGGGAGCAAAACAUCAUCCCCAACACCAACAAUGUCACCUGCUUCUACCAGCCCGCUCCAUACAUGACCGACCACAACUUCAGCAACUACUACAUCGCCAACGGCCAGUCUCCGGUCAUCUACCACCCGUACCCACUGCACAUACACAUGCAGACAGGGCUAGUCUAGUAUCCAAGGCUUGUGGCCCAACUCGAGGGCCAAGAAACAGGAAGCUAAGCUAAGCUGAGAUGUGAUAUUAAAACGGCCCCAAAACAAUACACAUCUUACAAAACAAACACAAAAUGGCCACUUAUUCUUCCUUCCAAAAAAGAAAAAUACCUGGAGGCAACAAUCCCAGCACUUGGCACGAAGCAAAAUAUCCUUUUGUGUGCUACAGUGUAUCCGUACAUGUGAAAAAAGUAUGUUCAUGCAUAUCACAGGGAACGAGCGAAAAAUUGACAAAUUACGGGGUUUAAAUGUUUGUACAGCCACUCUUCCACAUGCUGUUUGUCACACCAACAAACCAAUCCUAGCACUUGGUUGCCUGGUGUUUUUAUCUGAUGACGAUGACGGCAACCGAUGCCUGCACCAUGCGAUGCAUCUAAUUGAAAUCAUAAUA